CUGGCUCAGGGAGAUUUACUCCAAAGAAAUGUGUGUGUGUGUGUGUGUGUGUGUGUGUCUUUGUCUGUGAAUAUGUGUGUGUGUAUGAGAAAUCACUGAAAUCUCCCCAACCAUGUGUCUCCUUUUACAGAUUUACUUCUACGCGUCCUACAUAUUUCAGGAGGCUGGGAUAGAUCCUGCUGCCAUUCAGUAUAUUACCAUUGGCACGGGCACAUGUGAAUUCACUGCCUGUAUAAUAUCUAACCUGCUGAUUGAGCGACAGGGCCGGCGGGUGCUACUGAUGGGAGGUUACAUCCUCAUGUCAGGCUGGGCUGUGGUGUUCACAUUGGCUCUGUCAUUUGAGCAUAAAGUGACCUGGAUGCCUUAUCUCAGUAUGGCCUGUAUCUUCACAUACAUACUCAGCUUUGGAAUGGGACCAGCUGGUGUGACAGGAGUGCUGCCCACAGAAAUCUUUAACCAGACUGCUCGUCCGGCUGCUUAUACGAUUGCUGGCUCUCUCAUGUGGCUGAAUCUGUUCAUAGUGGGAAUGCUGUUCCCUUUUAUUGUGAGUGGAUUGGGCCAGUUCUGCUUUGUUCCAUUCGGUGCAGUCUGCGUCCUCACGGCUCUCUACAUUGGCCUGUUUUUGCCCGAAACCAAAGGCAAGACCCUUCCGGUCAUUGCCAGCGAAUUUAACCGACUCAACUUCCGCAAACAGGAGAGGACCGGCCAGGCCGAAUACAAAUUAGGAGAAGUCCAACACUCCACGGCCCUGUAGUUGCAGACUCACUGCUGUAACAGGCCAUAACAAUCAAAGAUUGUGUGCUGUGACAAUCAAGGACUGUUGUUGUAAGAUAGUAAAGGGAUAAGUACGUUUUACUUUCAUGUAACCCAUCCACCCAUCCAUGUAGCCAGUACCAGUUUUUGUUUUUUAAAAUUAUGAUAAAAUUCUGCUCUUUCAGUAGAAACUACACUGAACACUGCA